GUGACCGGCUGGCUCAUGGCGGGGCGGCCAGGAACCUCAAAGCCACCAGCUCUCGCCACUUUACCCGGACAGCCCCUCAGCACCUCCCCGUUCCGAGGCCGUGACGCCACCUCCGCCCGCACUACCAGCGCCCCCUCCCGCUUCCUGCGCCGUCCCGCAGCGCUCCACAGCCGGCAGGCGGGGCUGGGGGAGCUCGCAUCGGGCAGGGGAGCCAUGUUGCUCUCCCUCAGUUACGUGACCGAUCACAUCGGCUUCCGCGGGACGAUCAAGAAGACGCCCGCUGACUUCGUGGUGAAGGAACUGGAGCUGCCUCAGCGCCCCGCGGCACCCCGGCCCCGCAACCCAACGCAGUCCAACGCACCGCCGGGGGAACCGCCCGCUGCCUCCGCCACAGCCAGAGCCGGGGCUGGGAGCACGGUGACACACCAUGAGCAGAGCCGCUGUGCUCUGAAAUCCGGCCCGGAGGCAGCCGAUGUGUUGGAUUCCCUUUUGGGCAAGGCCGCGAGUGAGAGGCUGACUAAAUUCGCUUGUGAUCUGAAGGAGGCCUGGGACACGGAAGGGGGUUGUGAUGGCGGAGCCGGGGAGUUCUCUCUGGGAGCCGUGGUGGACAAGGGAGAUCGGGCCGAUUUGCACGGUGCCAUCAGGCAGAGAUUCCCCUUUUUGGUCACUGUGACAAAGGGCAACGAGAUGGUUGUGAAAGGAAACGCUGACUACAGAGAACUGUGUCAGCUCGUGACUGAAAAGGAAACGAGCGAUUUCUUUAAGUUUUUGGAUGCCAAGCUUGAAAAUUCCACUUUUUCUUUUGAGCCCGAUGGAAAUAAGGAGCACAGAAAAGUAGUUCACCACUUCAUCAAUAAAAAAUUUGGUAAAAUUUUAGAAACAAAGUCUUUUACUGUGGCAGACGUCACGCAGAAGCCAAAUAUGUCAAUCAUGGUAAGGUUUAGAGGGAAAAAUUGCUCCAGAAAGAGGCCUGCUGAUGGUUUCCAGGUAAAACAAGAUAUUUAUACAGCUUUCACCCUUCAGAAAGAAAAUCUAGAAACUCUGGAAGCAAUCAGCUUCUUGGCUGCUGAACUUGGAGUUCUUCCCUCAGACUUCAGUUAUACCGGCAUCAAAGAUAAGAAGGCUAUUACGUACCAACUGAUGGUUGUGAAGAAGGUCACUCCUGAGAGGUUGAAAGAAAUUGAAAGCAAACUGGAAAAAAAGGGCAUGAGAAUACACAACAUACAUUCAGCACACCAGCAUCUUAGACUUGGUCAGCUGAAAGGCAAUCACUUUGAUAUAGUUGUGAGAGAUCUCAGACACCACAGUCAUGAUUCUCCUGUAGAUCUGAAAGAAAGAAUAUCUGAAGCAAUGGAAAAUAUUGAGGCAAAAGGUUUUGUGAAUUAUUACGGACCUCAGCGAUUCGGACAAGGACAAAAUGUUCAGACAGAUGAAAUAGGAUUGGCUCUACUGAAUGAAAAAAUGGUGAAAGCUGUGAAAUUAUUCUUCACACCUGAAGAUACCGAUGACCCUGUAAAUAAUGCCAAAAGAUACUUCCUUCAAACUGAAGAUGCAAAGGGGGCACUCACAAUGCUGCCAGAAUUUAAAGUGAGAGAGAGGAUGCUGUUACGUGCUUUACAUCGCUAUGGUGUAAAUCAGGAAGGCUGUACUAAAGGAUGGCUCAGUAUUCCUCAUUCAAUGCGAAUAUUCUACGUCCAUGCUUAUUGCAGUCAAAUAUGGAAUGAAGCAACAUCAUAUAGGCUGAAGACUUAUGGUUCCAGAGUUGUUGAAGGUGAUCUGGUCUUCUCAGAAGAAAAUGAUGAAAGCCUUUCCCUGAGUGACAAGGUUCACACUGUCACUGCUCUGGAAGAGUCAGCUAACAAGUACUCUAUACAUCAAGUUGUUCUUCCAAUGGUGGGCCACAGUAUCAAGUACCCAAGUAAUAAAGUUGGGCAGUGGUACCAUGAAAGACUUUCUAAGGAUGAGCUGCAGAUGUGCAAAUUCCGAGUGCCUCCGUUGCAGCUGAAUAUACCUGGAUGCUACAGACACAUCUUGAAAAACGUUCGGAAUCUUUCCUAUUUUUUGGAAGGCAGUGAAGAAGGAAGCAAAAUUGAACACGACCAUCUGAAUGAGUCAGAAGUAUCUCUUCAUAUAUCGUUUGACCUUGAUCCUUCAUGCUAUGCAACGGUCUGUCUUAGAGAAAUAAUGAAAUGUGACUUUUAAGGUUUCAGUUAAUGAAAGACUGUGUGAAUAUUAUACCAAUGGUGAUAUUUUUUUAUAAAAUAGAAAAAGAAAAGAGGGGAAAUCACAAUUUCAAACCAGGAACAGCAAAAAUUAAUAGACUGAGAUUCAUCCUGGCUGGGGAAGAAAACCACCACAAUCCCAGCUCCAGAAACAUUCCAAACCCUAAAUACAAUUCUGGAGUAAAAAAUGCAAAGCUAUGUGUCGUGUCAGACAGGUUAAACAGCUGUGGGCUGCAGGCAUGAAUUUCACACUUGCACAGACAUCCAGCUUGCAGUUAUGUCCUGGAAAUGUUUGCAGGACGUAUCAUACAGACACAGACGUAUCUUUUAUUUCGCAGUCAUUUUUUUAAAGCUGGUUUAUAUUAAAUGUUCAGGGACACAGGGUAGCUGUUAUGUCACAAGUUGUAGCCUACAGGUAUCUAACCAAAUAGCUGCUCUACUGAGAUUCACUGAAUCUGUUUUGUUUUCAUUGCAUUCUCAUGCCAAAUGUUAAGGGUUAGAAGUCCUGAACCAAGACUAACAGGUUACCUGGCACACUGUCAGUCAUUUGAUGAAUACUACAAUAUAAAUUAAUGCUGAUGACUCCAGGACUAAGUUGUAUGUAACUCUAAAUAGCGCUUAUGCAAGUAAGCUCAGUAAGAUGAGGUGUGGAAUUAAUAGAGUUAGCUGCAAAAGAGUUCGCAGUAAAAACCAAACACCGAUUUAUUGUUUACAGGGUGCAGCUUCUGUUCCUAUCACUGUAAAGUCUUCUGAUGACAAAGAAUUUUUAAUGGAACUACCUCUGGGGAAGAAAAACAAAAAACUUUCAUAUUAUUUUAUAUAUUUUAAAAGUUAACUGUGAUAAAAUGAGUGCGUCUGUGGACAAAGGAAGAACAAAGAAUGUACGUUACUUUGACAUUUCAAGGCUAUUCUUGUAGCAAAGUUAAGAGGUGUUUUCUAGAUGGGUUUAUAAAUGGGAUAAAAUAAAGAAGUGGUUGGAAGA